CCUCACGAUAAAUAUGCAUACGGCGGUGGCCUUUUGAUCGAGGACCGCAUGGUCGAUUAGCAAGAUUUGAUUUGAAUUUUUUCUCUUUUUGGCUCUUUCUCGUGUGCUGUCUUUCGUUUUGUGAGUGCAAGGUACGGACUCUACGGAGUAAAUUUAGAUUAAUUCCUCCCAAUCUCCCCCUCCCCGCUUGAAAGGUCCGAUUGAGUCCGAUAGAUUAUCGGAUUUUUUUCCCCUUGCUCACUCACCCCUCCUCCAUCCCUCCCUCCCUCCUCCUUUCUCCCCGCAUGUCCGUUCUUAUCUUUGUGGUCCCGGUGCUGUACAGAGUACGUACAACAGGCGAUUUCACGGACACAAGUGUGGGAAGAGAGAAAGAGAAGAUCAGCUCACGCAUGAUUCAUAGUGGCUUCUGAGUGGGAUUCGCUCGCCGCAUCGAGACUGAAUAUGUGGGAACAGGAUCGCGCCGCCGGUUUCUCGGAUCGUAUCGCUUCCCGGAGCUUCCUGCCUCGUGCACCGUGUGUAAACCUGUCCGGCGACCAGCAGCGUGCUGAUACCACCGCAGCCACCGGGGCCUUGACGUCUUCCGAGAGGAGGAGGGAGGAAAAGAGGGAGGAAAAGAGGGAGCAAAAGAAGGAGGAAAGUAAGAAGCAAAGGCAACAGACGGAGAAAGAGGGGGAGAAGAAGGAAGAGGAGAAGGAGCAGAGAAAGGAAUCGGCAAAGCCCGUCGCCGUCGUUAUCACUAGGAUGGUGUCCGUCCACACCAUGCCGUCGCUAUCAAGUGCCUCGCCAUCGUCACCUUCGGUGUCAUCGGCCUCUCUUGACACGCGCGCGUAUGUCGGGCUGGAGGGCAGCCGCAAUCUGCUUGAAGAUGACGGGACGGGAACGCUGGUCGUGCCGCGAACCGCACAGUUCGGUCAUAUUUAUACCUGUCUCUUCCACAUCCUGGACUGCCACGAGACCUUUGACUGUGCCGACGAAUGGAAAACGCAUGUCCUUAGUCACUUUCGGACGCACUCGCCCCCGAACACCGCCCGGUGUCCGCUGUGCCCGGACGAGCGGUUCCUCAGCGGCAUGCGCCACAGCGCCUGGGACCGCAUGAUGAACCAUGUGCUUAUUGCGCACUACCACCAGGGUCAGACCCUAGCCCGUAGCCGGCCGGACUUUGAGCUGAUGCAGUAUUUGUACCGGCUGAAAAUCAUCAGUGAUGAUCAAUUCAAGGCAAUGCAGUUGCCGCCGGCCCCCUCCAGCCCGGCAUAUCACCGCUCCCAGGACUCAGUCCGGGCGAGUAUCGGAUCGGCCGACGAGCCAUAUUGUGCUCCGUACAGCCGCCGGCGAGAAGAGCGGAUGCGAGGUCGACGACGAGGAAUCAGUUGUGUAUGAUUUCCAACACCAAAAAAAAAGCAACGACCUUGACCGCUGCCCUGCUCGAAUGAGCUGUUUUUUUACAUCUUCAGUCCCGCCUGGUUUCCUUCUUCUCUUGUAUCAAUGUUUGCAGACGGGAUGCUGCCGAUACCCCUAUAUUUUAUCCUCGAUGUGCCCUUGAUGAAUGUCCAUGUAUCAGAUACGUUUUCAUGCCCCCCAGUUGAUGAUUCCACCAAAAAGAAUAUGCUUUGUGUACGACAUGCAGAUUUGACUUACUUUCUUACUACCUUCCCUCCGAAAAUUCCCACAAGCAGUAUGCUUAAUUCUAGCUGAAGAGGCGAUGAUUGAUGAGAAGGAAACACAUAGGUAUGUAUCCCAGGAUACCACUUCGUAGACCGGAGACAUGGAUAGGGACUGCCUUGGCUAUCACUUCACACACCCCGCC